AAGUUAUAUAUAGCAUUUGAUAUACUCCACAUCAAUCUAUCUCUCUCUUUGCUCUCUUAUCAACAACAACAACGCCAGCAACCACUGACCACCAUAAUAAGCUAACUGCAACUAAUCAACGAUCCCAUGCUCCGCCGCUCGAUCAACGGAAGUCCACCUCUUCAAUGUACUCGGCUUCUGACAAGUCUGGCAUAUCAGAUCAUCACUAUAGAUGGGGAGUUCCCUCUUGCCAUACUCAAGGUUCAAAUAUUAGGUUGUACAAGCUAACCCGCUCCUAACGGCAAGAAUGAUCCAUACGUACCUACUUCUCUCUACCUUCAUUCCCACCUCAUUUCUUUCAUUGCUCUGCCAUCCGGCGCUCACAAAUACGUAUCGCUCGAGUUUGGCGGGAGGAAGGUCAAGACCACCGUCAUUAAGGACCAGUUCAAUCCACGAUGGCCCGCUUAAGACUCGACUGAGGACUUGUCAACAAACGGAUCGUUCCAAAGCCCUGCGUAGGUGGUCUGGCGAAAAUUUGUUCAUUUUCUGAUUCAGUAUCGCUCUGGAUUUGGAGGAGGAUGGACUGGAAAGCUGUGGUAGGAGUGCCCCGGAAGCGGCAGAGGGUGAAGCAUGAGAAAGCCUAGUUUUACUUGAAUGGAGGGUAGACCGUCUGGUUUCGGGUCAUUAGGACGGAAGCGGGUGGUUUGAAGGAUCGCAGAAUCGUCGUGCCAAUACCGCCCUUCGGCUUAAACCACUGCGUAGGCUGAAGUGACAACUCUCCGAGGUAAUUU